UGUCCCAUUUGUAUUUUUCAUAUAAGCCUAUACAUGUACUUGUAUUUUUCUCUUAACAUCACAUUACCUUAUGGAAUAUAUUUCCGUGCAGUAUUAUGGCCAAUGGUAGGACUGAACAACAUGUUUUGCAUAUCACGUGACACUGCAUUAACAAAUCAACAAUUCAUUUUCCUUUAUUGUUUAGCAGUCGCUAAAAGGGUUGUAAGAAGCGUUUGAGAGAGCUUCAUGGAAAUGUGUGAGCAAAAUCUUCUGAAUUCUAACUAUGUUGGUUCUCUGAAUUUCCCCAUCCCGGAGUCGUUGUGUUUUUCCAACUUGCGGAGCAAUGGAGCUCAUCUGCCCCAGCUGCAUCAGAUUUCCUACAACAGGCGAGAGGUGUGCUCGCUCCCGUGGAUUUCCCCAAAUUCGUGCACAUCUCCGCCUCAGAGCCGCGCCAUUAGUGGCUACUCUCCGCCGUUUCUACCCAAUUCAGUGCCUGUAAAUACUCAUCCCAACGACCACAACAAAGGACCAUUUGACGAGUCCAGUAAAUACUACUUUCAGGAUGUUAACCACAAACCAGAAGAACCUGCUAGACACGCGCAGGCCUUUUCUGGUGAACAUGGAGUUAUCAGUUCGGAUAGCUCGAAAUAUGCAUUUUCGAGCUUGGACAGACGGUCAGAUAAUUCCGGUGCACAACACGAACUGAAUUACACCAACCAGGCAAUUGCCGCCGGCAUCAAGCAGUCGGCCAAUUCAAAUCCCCGAAUUCAACCAUCUACAAGUAAUGCAUGUGCCAGAACGGCUUUUUCUGAUGGCGCACCCUGGUGCUCUUCACAAGCGAAACGGAGAAAGAAGAGAAAACCAUACACAAAGCCACAGCUUGCUGAACUUGAGAACGAAUUCACGAUGAACGAAUUCAUAAACAGGCAAAAACGGAAGGAACUUUCUGACAGACUGGAGUUGAGUGAUCAACAAGUGAAAAUAUGGUUUCAGAACCGCAGAAUGAAGAAGAAGAGACUCGUGAUGCGCGGGCAUGCGUUCUCCAUGUACUGAGAGCCUUGGGUCCUGAAAGUGACCUCGUGUGGAUUCUGUUCAGACAAGCACAAACACUUCAAACCUCAAACUCUAUUCAUUUUCAGAAAGGCAAAACAUUAAACUUGUGCUUUGAGUGUUUUGUAAAGCAUGCGAUUUAGGUUAAUUGGAUACAUCAAAUGAUUUUGUUCAAUGACCACACUUAGUAUUUCUGAGCGUAUAACUCAGUGAUAAGGUACGCUCUUGGGAAAAAGGGGUUUAUUGUGGUUUUAUAUAGAACGUUUAAUAUAGCUAUGCAAUAGUUUAUUUUUGUAUGUAUGCAGUAUCAAAAUGAAUGUUAUUUAUAAUUUAAUCUCUGUAGCCUACAUGUAUAAAUUGUGUAGGAUACGUCGUAUUGUAUUGACGAAAUAAAAAUGGAAUAUAUGGUUAGAAAUGGAUAUUGCACAUAUCUGAUUGGACGGGUCAGUCCUGCCUGAAAUCAAACUGGGCCUAUAGGAAUUGCUCGUCCAAGCUCAAGUUCGUAUUUGUCGGUGGUUUAAUGAACCAUGAACAAGUGUUUUGGAUUAUUUAUUUUUAAAGUGUUUGCAUGUCUAUCUCAUGGAUAUAAUAAUUGUGUGUAAAUGUGUUUUUGUCUUAUUUUUAAUGUAUGCGUAAUCAUAGGCUAUAUCAUGCCUUCCGCUGUUGGCGCUGCAAUCGAAUGAGAGCUCUUGGGUAAGAUACAGCGUUCUCUUCAUAUUAAAGUAAAACUGGCUUGGGGGUCCAGUUAAUGAGUAGGACUAAUUUGAACAGUUUACUGGCUCAAUGUUAGUAUCAAGUGUGAUAUAUAUAUAUAUAUAUAGAUACACUUAUCUAGAAAAGUUAAACAUUUACAUCAAUUCAUACAAUUCCACGCCGACUGGUGUGUGUAUUAUGCACAUGUAUACACAAAAUUCCACGCGAACACAAGUGGUCCAUGCUAUUUAAAUAUCUGUCCAGCACGUACACGAGGGCUAUUUGAUCAAGUGGCACAUCAACCACAGAUAGGUUAUUCCUAAAUAGACCUACAUGAAUUUACUACUUCCUGAAUAUAUCUCUCACUCUUUGGUCUAUAUGAUCUUUAUGGUUAUGUUUGCUAGUAAACAAUUUAAUUCAUUUAUUGUUACAUUUAGAAAUGAUUAUCUGGUUUUCGAGGGAGUAGUUUGUAGGAUAUAUUUUAAUCUUUGGUAUUCGGGGCGGCCGGUUAGGAGCGUUUUGCCAGUAACCGAAAUGUUACUGAUUCGAAUCCCCUGGGUGAAAAAUCUGUUGAUGUGCCCUUGAGCAAGGCACAUAACCCUAAUUUCUCCUGCAAAUCACUGUUGAUAAGAGCUGUCUGCUAAAUGACUAAAAUGUAUAGGCUAUACUUGUUUUAAAAAGUUAUAAUUAUUACAAAAGUAAGCACACACUCACUUAAUAAAAUGCUUAUUCAAAGUGGUCUAGCUCGAACUUUUUAAUGGUCCGUUAUUUACCUCAUGAUUCUGAAAUUAUAUUUGUUAGUUUACAAUCCCAUUAUCUGAAGGGAUCAAAGGGGAACGGUGUGUUCUCCAAAGGUCUUUUUAUGAGAACUCUGCUAGAAGACGUCUGCUCAUGCUCUUCAGAUAUGGGGGCGCCAAAACAAAGUUAAGGUCAAGUUAGUAUCUUACACACAAACUUUAACCAGAUAGUAUACUGCAUUCUCAUCAUUCAAAAUGUUUUAUUUUUUUUGUGUGCUUUGUGUGGUAUUUGCAAGGAAUUUAUCUAUUUGAUGACACAUCCAUGAGACGGGCCUGAGAACAAGGCCUGAAAACAAGGCCUGAAAACAAGGCCUGAAAACAAGGCCUGAAAACAAGGCCUGAAAACAAGGCCUGUACUCGAGCAUUUGGUCAACAACAACUGUUUUGCAGUUUACUCAUCUUGUCUUUGUCAAUCUGUGUUCAUUGCCAAUAGCAAUUAUUUUGCAUAAGAUAUUAUUGGUAGUAUAGGACUAGAUAUUGUUGUUUUAGUACAUGGGUUGCAAUAAAACAUUUUCUCCCCCCUCUA